CCUAAAAGCGGAGACCUCUGCACGGUCCAGCAGUGUGGUGAGCACUGCCCUUCAGAUAAGCUGCAAUGGAGAGUUAUGACUUGAAGAGAUAAGCUGUCAGUGCUCAGGUUUCUCUAAGGCGUUUUUUUUCUGCCGUUACAUUGUGCGCGCGCCGACAUCUUGACAGUUUGUUUAUUAUUCUUUUUUUUUUAUCAUGUCCUUCUGUUUCCCAACCGCUGUAUGAUGGUCCCUGGACGAACAUUACUACUUAUCUGUUAGCUAUAGAGUUAUAGAUACAGAAGGGUAAAAGUCGGCGCACUUGCUGCUGUUUGAUCAUCAGAGCGACGUGAAUGUAAGCCGACCUUUUUAGGAUCAUGGUGGAGCUGAAAUGUCUCACUGCUUACUGGCCUCUCAUCCGAUUCCUGGUUCCUCUGGCUAUUACAAACAUAGCCAUCGAUUUUGGGGAACAGGUAAGAAAACAAGAAUCAAGUGAGCUCUGAACAGAGGUAUCGCGUCAGUGAAAGAGGACCGUGUGGAGAUGCUGGCCAGCUAUGGUUUGGCCUACUCACUUAUGAAGUUCUUCACUGGGCCCAUGAGUGACUUUAAGAGUGUCGGGCUGGUGCUGGUCCACAGCAAGAAAGACAGAAGAAAAGCAGUGCUGUGUAUGGUUGUGGCUGGUGUUAUAGCCAUAAUCCUCCAUGUUCUAAUAGCUUACACAGAUCUAGGAUAUUACAUCAUCAACAAACUCCACCAUGUGGACGAAUCUGUGGGCAAAAAGACGCGAAAGGCAUUCCUUUACCUUGCAGUGUUCCCUUUGCUGGAUGCCAUGGCCUGGAUUCAUGCUGGCAUCCUUCUAAAGCACAAAUACAGCCUGCUGGUGGGCUCGGCUUCAAUCUCUGAUGUUGUAACGCAGAUCAUGUUCGUGGCAAUCCUACUCCACAGCAACCUGGAGUGUGCUGAGCCCUUGCUCAUUCCAAUCCUGUCUUUGUACAUGGGAGCACUGGUGCGCUUUAGCAUUGUGGGACUGGGCUACUACUGCAACAUUCAUGACAACAUUCCUGACUCCAGCACCCAGGACAUGGGGGGAGAUACCACUGUCAGAAAAAUGUUAAGCUUCUGGUGGCCACUUGCACUCAUACUGGCCACCCAGAGGAUCAGCAGGCCUAUCGUCAACCUGUUUGUGUCUCGAGAUCUCAAAGGCAGCACUGCUUCCACUGAGGCUGUAGCAGUGCUCACAGCUACCUACCCAGUGGGACACAUGCCUUAUGGUUGGCUAACUGAACUACGGGCAGUGUACCCAGCCUUCGACAAGAAUAACUUGAACAACAAGCUAGCUGCUGGUGCUGGAGUGACAAAAUCUCAUAUCAAGAGGUUCGCCUUAGUCUGCUUUACUCUCUCUGUAACGCUAUGCUUCAUAGUGUUCUGGACCCCUGGGGUGUCCGAGCUGAUCCUGGUGAAUGUGAUUGGAGUGGAUGCAAAUUUCGCUGAGCUCUGCACUGUUCCUCUUCGGAUAUUCUCCUUCUUCCCUGUUCCAGUGACCAUUCGAGCUCAUCUGACAGGCUGGUUAAUGACUCUGAAGAAGACGUUUGUGCUAGCCCCUAGCUCUGUGCUGAGGAUAAUCGUGCUCAUCACUAGUCUCGUAGUGCUUCCUUACAUGGGGGUGCAUGGUGCUACAUUAGGAGUAAGCUCACUACUGGCCGGCUUCCUUGGAGAAGCCACAAUGGUGGCAGCAGGUGCAUGCUACGUGUAUCGACAGCAGAGAAAGAAUUCAAGCAGAGAGCAGGCCACACAGGAGGAAAACUCUGCCCCCAUGAGAGAUGUCACCUCUCCAAUGGUGUUAGAUGACAUCCAAGAGGUGGAUGAGGAAGAAGGACAGGAGGAUGAGGAAGAAGGACAGGAGGAUGAGGAAGAAGGACAGGAAGAUGAGGAAGAAGGACAGGAGGAUGGGAUUGAAGAAGGGAAUUGAGAGAAAAGAGAACCCUGAGGUGAAGUGAUAGCACAAGGGAAAAAUACGGGAUUUUUGCUGUGGAUUUUGUGUAUUAGCUAAAAGAAAAACUAACAAUACAAACUAUACUCCUGAAACCAAAUUACGGCACUGUCAUGUAUGAGUGGAGCUUUCCUGCUCAGACCAAGCCUGAACUGAUGGAUCUGCUAGCACUUUCUACAGCUGACAGAACCUUUUUGCACUGAAGUCCUUCACAGACUCUCUGUCCAGCAUUUGCCAAUUCAGCAGUACUAAAUAUGGGAGUGGCUGGAAGAUGUUUUUCUCUCUGUUUCACACAAUCUUGUUAAAACCAACACCCAAGUACAUCUAAUUGCACAGAGAGAGUCAAUCUGGCACAAAAGCACAGUUUCUGAACUUUGACCCAGUGGUACAUGUUGUUUGUUACAGUAUAGGCCUUAAAAUGCACAAUAUCUGUUAUUGCACAUUGUCUGUAAACGCACAAUAGACUGUUGAUGUAUUACAGUGAUAGCUACAAAUGUUCAGGGAAAUACACAAAGGAGAUGCAUAACAUUUUUCUUUAUUUUUUAUGCUACACUUGUUCUAUCUAGUGCUCUGUGGUUAAUGGGAGGUUGCAUGGAUUAUUUAUA